AUGCAUUAUUCUGAUUGGAAUCGUUUUACGCCUCCAUACCCUCAUACUCAUGAUGGUGUUGGGUUUGUGGAGUCAUAUUCAGCUCUAUUGCCGCUCAAGCCUACUCCGUUAGAUCUUCACGAUUGCUGUAACGGGCUGUUACUAUUUGGCCCGAGUCCCUCUGUUCGUCCUGCAGAGUACUACGUCUGUAAUCCGGCGACGAAACAGUGUGUGGCGAUUCCGACAAACCCGACCCACCUAGAACCCAUGUUUGCUGCUCUGGCUUUUAAUCCAACGGAGUCCUUGAACUAUAAGAUCGUUCGGUUUGCUCAAACGGCUCUCUCUGCAUCCAUCUCUAACCCCCUAAAGCUGGAUAUUUUCUCGUCGGAUACAGGCAAAUGGGUCACCCACGUCGUGCCACUUGACCCUGCAGUUUAUGGUUUAAAGUGGAUUAAGCAUUGUGUUUAUUUCAAUGGAGUGUUAUACAUGUUGUCUUGGGCGAGCUAUCUUAUAGCUUUCGACAUCAACAUCAAAACAGGAGGGAAUAUAAGUGGGCGGGCUAUUGAGCUACCAGAGAAGGGUAGGUUUGAUUAUAGAGGUUCCAUUGGGAUAUCCAAGGAUUGUUUUUACUACUCUAACCAUGAUGGAUCCGAAUGGUGUAUUUGGUCACUUGAUCAUGGUGAAAAAUGGAAUUUGAGGCAUAAAAUUCCCUUCCAACACUUUGCUGUUGCUCGGCAUCCAGUUGGUAAAUUACUGUACCAGAAUCGUCUAGGUACCAGACCCUGUGGUUUUCAUCCCACUUCUGAAAUCAUUUUUAUUGCCACACCCAAAUUUGGUGCUUUUUGA